AUGUUUCACUCUCAAUCAAGCAAGAGAUUAUUCUCGACCUCCAGACAAGUUUUACAAGCUGUUCAAAAGAAAAUUAAUGUCAAAACUCCAGUUGUUGAACUAGACGGUGAUGAAAUGACAAGAAUCAUUUGGGAUAAAAUUAAACAGAAAUUGAUUCUACCUUAUUUGAAUGUGGAUUUGAAAUAUUAUGAUUUGUCAGUGACUAAUAGGGACGCUACAAAUGAUCAAAUUACAAUUGAUUCUGCUGAAGCCAUUAAAAAAUAUGGUGUUGGUAUAAAGUGUGCUACAAUCACCCCCGAUGAGGGAAGAGUUAAGGAGUUCAAUUUGAAGAAAAUGUGGAAAUCACCAAAUGGUACUAUUAGAAAUAUCUUAGGUGGCACGGUCUUCAGGGAACCAAUUGUUAUCCCAAGAAUCCCAAGAUUAGUGAAAAAUUGGGAAAAACCAAUUAUUAUUGGUAGACACGCCCAUGCUGACCAAUAUAAAGCUACUGAUACUUUGAUUCCUGGUCCAGGCACUUUGGAAUUGGUGUACAAGUCAAAGGAUAAUGAUCCUUCAAAAACUCAAGUCUUAAACGUAUACGAUUAUAAGAGUUCAGGUGUUGCAUUGGCCAUGUACAAUACCGAUGAAUCAAUUACUGGUUUUGCUCAUUCUUCAUUCAAGUUGGCCAUCGAUAAAAAACUGGAUUUAUUCUUAUCAACGAAGAAUACUAUUUUGAAGAAAUAUGAUGGCAGAUUUAAGGACGUCUUCCAAGAGGUAUUCGAUUCAACUUAUAAGGACAAAUUCGAAGCUUUGAACAUCAAAUAUGAACAUCGUUUAAUCGAUGAUAUGGUUGCUCAAAUGAUUAAAUCAAAAGGCGGCUACAUUAUGGCUUUGAAAAAUUACGAUGGUGAUGUUCAAAGUGAUAUCGUCGCUCAAGGUUUUGGUUCGUUAGGUUUAAUGACUUCCAUCUUAGUUACUCCAGAUGGUAAGACUUUUGAAAGUGAAGCCGCUCACGGUACAGUUACUAGACAUUACAGACAACACCAACAAGGCAAACAAACCUCAACCAAUUCGAUUGCAUCUAUUUUUGCUUGGUCAAGAGGUUUGGCUAAGAGAGGUGAAUUAGAUAAUACUCCAGACGUUAUGAAAUUUGCUCAAACGCUUGAAAAGGCUACUUUAGAUACUGUUCAAGAAGAUGGAAUCAUGACAAAGGAUUUAGCAUUAGCCUGUGGAAACCUUAACCCGGACGCUUAUGUUAACACUGCCGAAUUCUUAAAUGCAGUUGAUAAGAGAUUACAAGAAACUAUGAAAUCAGUUGACUAA